AUGAGCUCACCGGGAGAACCUCCAGUACUCGGUGCUGGUCAGCCAUUGUCGACGCGAGUCAAAGGAUGGCUAUUUGGAGCUGGAAUGCUGAUUUCGUCGCUGUUUGGCGUUCUUUACAUCGCCUCACCUCUUGUCAUGCUCAUGUUCUUCGAUCCGCGCCUCUACCGAAAGAUGCUUGAUCGACUAGUGGGAGCUUGGGUGAUUUUCCCGGGUGCCUUAAUGCAAUACUUGUUUGGUGCCAAAGUUAGUGUAAAAGGGGAUAUGAUUGAUUACACCGAACCGGCAUUGAUCAUCAUGAAUCAUCGGACAAGGCUGGAUUGGCUUUUCUUCUGGAAUGCGCUCUUCAAAAUGGAUCCGUGGCUUUGCACUACUGAAAAAAUUACGCUGAAAGGGGUGCUGAAAUACGUGCCAGGAGCUGGAUGGGCAAUGCAGGCCGCUUGCUACAUAUUUCUGGAUCGCACAUUUUCAACCGACAAAAUCAAACUAGACAGCAUUUUGAAUUAUUUGUCGGAUAUCGGAUACCGUUAUCAGAUUCUUUUAUUCCCAGAAGGCACUGAUAAAUGUCCAAAAGCCACCGAACGUAGUCGAAUUCACGCCGAGAAGAAGUCGUUGGUUCAUUAUAAUUAUGUCCUUCACCCUCGAACCACCGGUUUUGUGCACAUUGUUCAAACAAUGAGGAAAACGAAUAAUAUCAAAUUCCUCUACGAUGUCACCAUUGGAUUUGGCGAUGCGAUAGUACAAUCGGAGGUUGAUCUCGUCGUUCAUGGAGUUUGCCCCAAGGAAGUUUUCUAUCAGAUUCGCAAAAUUCCGAUUGAAGAAAUCCCGGCGAAUGAUGAGGAUCUUGGAAAAUGGCUUGUGGAACUGUGGAGGCAAAAAGAGGAGAAGCUGAAGAAAUUCUACAACACGCCGCGAAAUCUGCGGCAAUUUGAAAACACGCCGAAUGGUCGUGAAUAUGAGCUCAAUGAGAAUUUGGAAAUGAUUCAAAAAAUGCUCGUCGGAAUUUGGCUCUUUGUAACUUGUUUUUGGGUUUACAUGUUCUUCGAGAGUCCGAUAAUGUUCUACUAUGCAAUUAUUAUGUGUGUUUUCUACGCGGCAGUGUAUAAAAUCUACGGUGGUCUUGAAUUUUUGGCAAUCAAAGUGUUCAAUCAGAAGCGGGAAUACAAGGCAUUGAAUCAGAGCAGCACGGGAACCGAGAAUCCGAAUUUGGUGACGAGCACAUGA